AAUUAAAAAAUAUAAAUAAAAAUGCAAAUGCAAAGAGGAAUUACAUUACUAUGGUCCUCAGGUCUUGGCAGGAGUCAAUGUCAAAAGUUAUUCGCUUGUACAUUUUAUGGCCAAAUAACACCUCUUCAUCAUCCCUCUUCAACAAAGAGUUUAAUUGAUUGCAGUAAGCGAUUGAAGUUGAUUGAGAAAACAAGAUUUUUUGGACCAACAGUAAUCAAGAGACAGAAUACUACAGCAGGCGUAAAAACUCAAUCCAUUACCAAGAAAAAAAUGACUAAACUUACCGAACAAGAACGUGCCGAAGUUUUGCAACCUCUAUUAAAUGCUGGUUGGAGCAUGGUAAAUGGUCGGGAUGCCAUAUACAAGGAAUAUUUGUUCAGUGAUUUUAACCAAGCUUUCAGUUUCAUGUCCGGGGCUGCCUUGUUGGCCGAAAAAAUGAAUCAUCAUCCUGAAUGGUUUAAUGUCUACAAUAAAGUCCAAGUAACUAUGUCAACACACGACGUUGGUGGUCUUAGUGCUAAAGACAUACGUAUGGCCAAGUAUAUGGAAGAACAAGCUAAACGCUUCCUUUAAGUUUUUGUUUAAAUAGUUUGUAAUUUUUCUUUUGUAAAAAUAAAGAUGUGUUGUUAGUUUAAUUUAACUUCAGCUGGACAAAAUAUGCUGGCAGAGAUGUU